UCAAAACCUUAAACCCUGUCAACCUUUCUCAGAGCUCCAUAUGCAACAAUGGCUGUUUCGUCAUCGAAGAACAAACCUUCGAAAGCCACAGAGGACGUAGACACUCUAAGAUCCGACGUUGCCUCCUUCGCUUCCUCUCUGGGCCUCUCAUCCUCUCUCCCAUCUUCGUCCUACUCUGGCUUCAACGAUUCCGAUUUUCGCAAAACAGGUCGUCUCAAACCAAAACCCACAGAACCUCACAAGCCAAAGACCAAGAAAACCGACAAUACAAUCGAAAACGAUGAAAAUUCCAAGCCUAAGGGGUUUGAAAAACCAAAAUCCAAGCGGAACCAGAAGCCAAGGACCCAGAAUUUCAAUUCCAAUGAUAGAAAUAAGAAUACCCAGAAGCCAAAGGACCAGAGCUUCAACAACAAUGAGAAACCCAAGCCUAAAUCACCUAUACUUGCAUUGGAUAGUAACGAGAAGCAAAAGGGUUUUGAUAAAUUCAAGAAUUUACCAAAGCUGCCACUGAUGAAAGCUAAUGGGUUAGGAGUGUGGUAUGUGGAUGCUGCGGAAUUGGAAGCCAAAGUGGUUGGAGAGGGGAAGAGAGCGGAGGUGAGGAACGUGGAGCAAUGGAAGGCUGUGGUGGAGAAGAAGAGGGAGCUUGGGGAGCGGUUGAUGGUGCAGUAUGCGAAGGAUUACGAGGCAUCGAGAGGACAGAGUGGGGAUAUUAAAAUGCUGGUAGCCACUCAAAGGUCUGGUACUGCGACAGAUAAGGUGUCGGCUUUUUCGGUUAUGGUGGGGGAUAAUCCCAUUGCCAAUUUGCGGUCACUCGAUGCGCUUUUGGGGAUGGUAGCGUCAAAAGUUGGGAAGCGCCAUGCAUUGACAGGUUUUGAAGCACUGAAAGAACUGUUUAUUUCAAGUUUACUACCUGAUCAUAAGUUGAAGAGCCUCUUGCAGCGACCAUUGGAUAAUCUUCCUGAGACGAAGGAUGGUUAUUCCCUUUUACUUUUCUGGUAUUGGGAGGAAUGCUUGAAGCAGAGGUAUGAAAACUUUAUUUUUGCACUUGAGGAAGCAUCAAGAGAUAUGUUGCCUGCACUAAAAAAUAAGGCAUUGAAGACAAUGUAUGGGCUGCUGAAGAAUAAAUCGGAGCAAGAGCGGAGGUUGCUCUCUGCGUUAGUUAACAAACUGGGAGAUCCUGAAAACAAGGGUGCAUCCAAUGCUGACUUUCACUUAGCGAACCUUUUGUCUGACCAUCCCAAUAUGAAGGUUGUGGUGAUUGACGAGGUGGAUUCUUUCCUCUUUCGGCCGCAUUUAGGAUUACGAGCCAAGUACCAUGCUGUUAACUUUUUAAGCCAAGUUCGACUUAGUCAUAAAGGGGAUGGACCAAAUGUGGCAAAACGUUUAAUAGAUGUAUAUUUUGCACUUUUCAAGGUUCUAAGUACCGAGGCUGAUGCUGAUCAAAAGAAGGAUAAAAGUGGAAAAGCUCUAAAUGAAAAAGCUUAUGGUUCUCGUAAGGAUAGCAAAGUGAAAAGUUCAUCUGAAACUCAUGUUGAAUUGGAUUCCCGACUUUUAUCGGCUCUUCUAACUGGAGUUAAUAGAGCAUUUCCUUUUGUCUUGAGCAAUGAGGCUGAUGACAUUAUUGAGGUCCAAACAUCAAUGCUCUUCAAAUUGGUUCAUUCGAAGAAUUUCAAUGUAGGAGUUCAAGCACUAAUGCUUCUUGAUAAGAUCUCUUCUAAGAAUCAGAUUGUUAGUGACCGGUUUUACCGUGCCUUGUAUGACAAACUUCGACUUCCAGCUGCUCUGAAUUCUUCAAAGGCAAAAAUGUUUAUUGGGCUUCUUCUCAGAGCAAUGAAAAGUGAUGUAAAUUUGAAGCGUGUAGCCGCCUUUGCAAAGCGUGUGCUGCAGGUUGCACUUCAGCAGCCGCCUCAAUAUGCGUGUGGAUGCCUCUUUCUCCUCUCUGAAGUUUUUAAAGCUAGGCCACCCUUAUGGAACAUGGUGCUUCAGAAUGAGUCAAUUGAUGAAGAACUUGAACAUUUUGAAGAUGUUGUAGAAACUGACGAUGUAUUGAGCACUACAUCAAAGAAAGAAGAAAAUAAUGGCAGGCUGGUUGGCAGCAGUGAUGCUGCUGACUCUGGCAAUGAAUCUUCAGAAGAUGAAGAUGAAUCUCCACCUUCUAAUUCUGAAGAUGAUGUUUCAGAUGAAGCUGAGGAAUUGCUCAUGAGAAAUGACUCAAAAGAUCUUGGGGAAUCCAUGACUGUAUCUGAUCAUAAUGAGCAGCAACCUCAAGCAUCUUCUAAGAAGUCUUUGCUGCCUGGAGGGUACAAUCCGCAGCAUAGAGAGCCCUCUUAUUGCAAUGCGGAUCGAAUAAGCUGGUGGGAGCUGGUGGUUCUUGCUUCUCAUGUACAUCCAUCAGUCUCUACCAUGGCUAAGACCCUUCUUUCUGGGGCCAACAUCGUCUACAACGGAAACCCAUUGAAUGACCUAUCACUUACUGCUUUUCUAGACAAGCUCAUGGAGAAGAAAGCAAAGGCAAGCACAUGGCAUGGUGGUUCUCAAAUUGAACCUGCCAGGAAGCUUGACAUGAAUAACCUUUUAAUUGGGCCGGAGAUUCUCUCAUUGGCUGAAGUUGAUGUACCUCCCGAAGAUCUAGUCUUUCACAAAUUUUAUGUGAAUAAAAUGAAUUCUUCAAAGAAACCAAAGAAGAAGAAGAAGAAAGCAGCAGAGGAAGAGCCUGGGGAAGACUUGUAUGGAGUGGACGGUGGUGAUGAGAGUGAUAAUGAAGAAAUUGAGAAUAUGUUGGACUCCACUAAUCUUUCCUUUGAGGCAGAUGGUGACUAUGAUUAUGAUGAUUUGGACCAAGUUGCCAAUGAAGAUGACGAAGACUUGGUCGGUAAUGUCAGUGAUGCAGAAACGGAUGCGCCCUCAGAUGUUGCCGAUGGAGAAGAUUUUGAUACUGCUGCUGCUGCUGAUUUGAGUGAUGAAGAUGUUGACAUUGAUACAGGUGAUGCAGAUGAUGGUAUUGAUGAUGAGGCCGAGGACGAGAUAUUUCAACAAAAGAAAAGAAAACGGAAAUCUGGUGGAAAGGCUGCAGCAUCCCCGUUUGCAAGUCUUGAAGAUUAUGAGCAUUUGUUAAAUGAGGAUGGUCCUGCUAAAGAGCAAUCUACAAAAAGGAAGCCAUCCAAAUCACGAAAGAAAAGGAAGUCAUCUGACUGAGAUGAACCUUGACAGCUCAUUCACAAUCCUUUGUCUGAAAGAGAACAUAAUCUAAUGAGUCUGCAUUAAUUACCGGCAUGACUAUGAAUGGCAACCAAGUACCCUGUACCAUUUUUGUGUUAAAAAUGCAUUUUUAUUUUAUUAUUGAGCAGACUCACCAAAGGUUGAGCGUGCAAAUUAGCUCCAAGGCCUUUGCUUUUUGACAUUUGUAUUAUAAGAAGUGGUAGACGGUGGUUUGCGUUAAA